UGUCAAACUGGGUCCACUUGUACAUAUAUACGAUGCACGAAUGUUAUUACCGUGACGUAAACUGACGGCCGAGCUUGGAAGUUGGAGGGCUGCAGUUGGCAGUGUCGCGCAAAACUCUUUAGGCCGGCCACGCGUGCGAAUCGGAUGCGCCCGCGCACCUUUCGCUUCAUCCAUCUAAGGGAAUAGGACUAAUGUGUCGACUCUCGUUUAUAUCGAAGCUAAUAAAACACGUCAGUCUUUAAAAUUGAAAGUGUAUGAAAACAUUUAAUCAGUGAUAUUUUGAUGAUUUGGUCAUAAAUAUUUCAUCGAAGUGAGAAAUUUGACGAUAAGGUUUUUUUUCAUUUGUUAUUUGGAUAUUAACCUAAACAAUACAUUUCCAUGAAUCAAGAGAGACGGACAAGUUGCAUAUAUGCGGGAAGCUGGAUAACAAACAAUUUUCCAACCUAGGACAUUGACUGUACUGACAGAAUCACUCACAGAAGUUACGUGUAAUAUAACAAAAUGCAGUUUCUUAGAUUAUUUUUCACACGGAUCACAGACGAUCUCAAACAGAAGAAACUAGUACCUUUGAAGAUUCUAUUUUUUAUGCAUGCAUCUACUUUGUUCGUACUCUAUCCCUAUUUGACGAUUCACAUGCGAGAGUUGGGCAUCAAUGUGGAGGAGACUGCAAUCAUGUCGGCUGUGACCCCUGUCGUCUCAAUCAUGAUGCCGCCGCUCGCUGGCAUGCUGGCUGAUAAAAUAGGAAAUUUCAGGUUGCUGUUAGCCUUGUCUUCGUUGCUGGGCGGGGCGUCAGCGUUGUUAUUGUUAGCUGUUCCUGUCGGCCGAAUCACUGUCACUUUUCCCCCCCAAGUGGAUCUACUACUUUCUUGCGAUGGAGGAAAUUUAGCCCUUGAACAGGUCCGUGAUUACCCCUGCCAGCCGUUGCAUCCCUACGCCUACGACGUUAACCUUACCGUUUUAUCGUGCGGUUUUGUUUGCGAAUUGCCACAUGGUAUUUCGUCGGAGGAUAUUAACUCUGUUGUCCGCGCAAACUCCUAUGACGUUAAUUUGAAAUCACAAAAUGAAUCACAAAGGCUUUUGUACCGUAACACAGUUUCUUCACUAUUGUCACAAACCGGAAGACCCGUUAUAGACCAUAGCAACUCACGCAUAAUGACGAAUGACGUCUUCUUUAAUUCUACACCUACAAACAUAACUAAAGACAGAGUAUUUUUCCCUACACCAAAAUUGUACGGAAUAGAUUGCACUUAUGAUGAGAAUAAUGCAAGUUGUAGCUUUGGUAAAGAAGAUUUUUUCAAAGUUUCGGAGACUGAUGGUAUAAAAGAAACAUCAUAUAAAGUUAGAAUAUCUCACGACAUAAAAGAAAAACCGAUAGAAGUCCGAAAUUACUUGGUGAACGCAAUCAUUUUACAAAACGCUACGGAAAUGGAAGAUUAUGGUGGCGUUGACACUACCACAUGCAAAGAUAAUUUUGCUCAGAUAUUGAAUGGUGAUUCGGCGUAUGUGAAAGCUGCGUCGCAGAGGAUGUCGAAGUGUUCCGUAGCCUGCGCCGCACGGACUCCGAGGACGAGUCUCUGUGAUAACGUUCAACAAAAGCUUGAACUUGACCCCACUUUUACCUUCUGGGCUUAUUUGGCUGUCCGGGUGUUUAUUGGGAUCAUAGGAGGUACAUCUUUCGCGAUGUUCGAAGGAGCGGUUAUUGCAAUCGUAAGGGAUCAAAAGGCAGAUUACGGUCUUCAGAGAGUAUACGGAAGUCUCGGAGGGAUGAUAUUUUCCCCUCUCUCUGGACUUCUCAUAGACUACGCUAGUAGAGGCAAAGGCUACACUGACUUCCGACCGGCUUUUUAUCUGUAUGCUGUUUUGAAAGUUCUAUCGGGUGGUCUCAUGAUGAGCAUUGACCUUCAGUUUAAACAGCCCGCACAAAACCUUCUUGCAGAUGUCAUAUCCGUGUUUCGUAACAUAGAACUCGUAGUACUUUUUAUAGUAUGCUUCGUUAUGGGUACUGCUUGGGGUUACAUAGAGAGCUUCCUAUUCUGGUUGCUGCAGGACUUGGGCGCGUCUCGCUCACUCAUGGGCGUCACGAUCACGGUGGGCGGCGUGGCAGGCCUGCCACUGCUGGUUCUAUCCGGACCUAUCAUUAAUAAACUGGGUCAUGCAAAUGUACUUUUCAUCGGAUUCGUCUUCUACGCUAUACGGUUACUCGGCUACUCGCUGAUCUACAAUCCCUGGCUGUGUCUGAUCUUCGAGGCUCUGGAGUCUGUGACGUCAUCACUCUCUUUCACCGCGGCGGUGACGUACGCGGCGCGCCUGUCCUCAACCACCACGGACACGUCAGUCCAAGGUCUACUAGGAGGACUUUACUAUGGAGUCGGAAAGGGUGCGGGCAGUCUCAUUGGAGGAUAUCUAAUGAAGUUCGUGGGUACCAGACCGACGUACCAGCUCUUUGCUAUUGGUACAUUAGUGACCGGUUGUUUCUACUAUCUUUUCAAUAGAUUCUAUAUCAGGAAGAGAUCACGAUGUGACGGCGACAUCUGCAAGAAGAAGACCGAAACUCUUGACAUAGAGAAUCGUGACGGCGCUAACAAGGAACCAGAAAAGCAUAACUCGCUAGAUGUCGACACUAGAAACGAAAUGACAAAAAACAUGGCGAUUGGCGCAACACUUAACCUCAAAACAGAGGUGACGCCGGUAAGCUUCAACACAGAUGGCGCUAGUGACGUUGGAUUCGACAACCACGCGUUCAACGAUGACGAGAAGAAGAAACUCGCUGCUAACGACAAAAAAGAUUCUGUCUGAGCCGUUGUGAUAUAUCAAAGAAUACAGAUUUUUUUUAAGUGACAUGAAAUCAUAUAAUUACAUUGUGACAUAUUUAUUCGUAAUUAAAAGUUUAAAACUGUGA